ACGAACAAAUCUCAGCGACCACUCUCGCUCUUCUGCUGAACCACGGCGUGAGGGAGUAGGAAAUAUGCCACUAGAUGAAGAGUUGCUGGAGAAGGUCGCCCAGGAUGGGUCUAUGGACUAUGACCGGUGGCCUGAACAACUAGAACCAUUAAUUCAACGCCUUGACGAGAUCAUCUGUGAAUUUCCCAUACCGAAAGUACCGCCCGAAGUAGCAUCCUCCUACGCCUCCUCCUCUUAUCAAUUCCACGACUCUCUCCAAAGCAGUAACAAGGAGAAUACUCCUCCUUCCCCUCCCGCAACCCAGACAACAUAUAGCGGUGCUUCAGCGUCGACUUCCGAAUAUAACACGGCCACUCAAACCUUGGUCCCAGACUCUCAACCCUCCCAACCCGAUUCGAACUCUCUACCUUCUCCACUUUUGUCUCUGAUUGCUUCGAUCAAGAGUACCCUACGGACAUAUUUUGCGUCCAAACCACCGCACACCGUUCAAAGACUCGCAGAGUUGAUUUUGCGUCCUAGGCGUCAAUAUCGAACACUUCCGGCUUACCUGCGAGCCGUGGAUAGAGUAGUCUCGGUAUCGAGCAGUGCAGAUAUUUUUCCGCUUCCCCGGACAGGGGUGUCUGCUGAUGAUGAGCUAACGAACGGAGUCACCAAUGGCACAAGAUCAAGUUUUAUGGUAACGGAUGAGUCUCUCGGUAGUGAUGAAUCUCUGGGUGGAGCAUUAUUGACGCCCAUACCCUGGCUGAGAAAUCAUGAUCUUGAGGCUGUACAGGCUGAGAUGAUUGCAGAAGGUUCCGUUCCACUACGCGCGGACGCUGCAGUCACUCAAGGCGAACUCAUUAGACAGGAACAAGAAGCGGGCCUGGUUGCUACAACGCAAACGCCGCCACAUGUCUCUUCACGAUCUCUAGCCGGGAACGAAGAAGAUGGCGAAAACUCAUCUCCGCAGCCAGAAGAAAUACCACAUGCACGAGGACCGUCGGUUCUCGGCGUUGAAGAUUUAGGGUUACAAGACGGCAAGGGUGUGGAAAUGGUUCUCUCAGAUCCGAACAAGUCACAGGAAGAUAAACCUGGAAUGGACAUGUCAGAUUCAGAAGUAGGUGGUAUAUGCAAUGAGGCCUCUUCUGAAAUAGAGAAAGGGAAUAACGACGACGAUGAUAUCAUCUUAGACGACGUGACGGAAAACCAAGACACCACACCCUUGACAGAAACAAGCGCAGCACCAGAGACGAGGGGCUCAAUGACAGAGCAGGAUGAAACGGGUUGAAUCCGCUUAAAGCACUAGUGCUAUGAUGGGAUGAAACUAAUGACACUGUCGUUUAAUCUUUUUAUGCUUCUACCUAUUGAACUGCCAUCUGCUUUUUUGCAUCUAGAAUUUGACUCUGUAUAUCCGCCUUCUUGCUCCUUUUUCAAGAAGUAGGUAGUUAUUAUUAUUUUGAUAUACCCCUCAAAUAAAUAAUGAUUUAUGAAUAAUUAUACAUGUUCGUCCCCAAAAGGGACAGGAAAUUAAUAGGUGCGAAAUAAGAGCUGGGAGUACCGAAUUCGUAGUAUCAUACAGCCGUUCAUAGUCCAUGAGCCGAUCAAAUAUGUGGUCAUUUCCAAAGGAAAAUAAAAUGGUCGUUUCGUCGUGAUUUGAUAAUAUAUGUUCGUCUUCGACUUCUUCACAAGUACGUAACUUGUACUAUAAGUCGUAAUUCACAUGAUAUGCAAAUGCAUGUGUGGAAAUGGACAGGACUGUGCUCUGGAUGUAAAGCGAACAUCAUGACUGAAUCGAUGAUUGAAUUGAUGA